UGGUAAUCAAAUUCUGGAGGUAAUUCUAAAGCCUUCUUCUUCCGUCUGACCUUUGUCAUCUUCGUCACCGAAAUUGCUCUAAUCGUUUCAGGACAGAUUUUGUAGUGAACAGUCCAAAAUGACGCACAUGUUGUUUCUCAAGGACAUAGUUCCGGCGGCGCAGAACAACAUAAACACGCGGUUCAUCAUCCUGGACAAAGGCAGAGCUCCAGCAGCGAACAAGGGGAAGAGCUGCAUAGCGCUGGCUGCGGAUGAGACGGCUGCGGUUCACAUACAGCUGUGGGGAGAGGAGUGCGAGGCGUUCGAGGCAGGAGACAUCGUGAAGCUCACGAAUGGGAUAUUCUCAUACGUGCGGAACAGCGGUCUCCUUCUCAGAGCUGGCAAGCGUGGGAAGAUGGAGAAGAUGGGAGAGUUCACCGUUGCCUUCGUCGAAACGCCAAACAUUUGUGAGAUCCAAUGGAAUCCUGAUCCGGCGAAUCCCAAACGCUAUAUUCACAGCGGCGUCCUUUCAGCUUUUUCCCGUAUCUUCCCUCCUUUGCCUUAAGUUUCUUUGGGUGUAAUUCGCAUACAACGUAUCGUUUGAUCUAACUCUCUUUUUUUUUUUUGUUUCCUCUUCUUAAAUCUAAGGCUAAUUCUUCAUGUAUUAGUACUAUGGGUGCACUUGUCUGGUGCAAGCAACUGAAUAGUGUUCCUCAA